GGAUGGUAUGUGGUUGGCCUUUAAGGAGAGUUAAAAUAUUCAAAAUGUUCAACUUGUUAGUGCUAGUAAUUGUAACUCUUUUAAUAGCAGAUAUAUAUGGACGGACUAUCAGUUGUAAUAAUCAUUUGAUACGUUUAUUUUCGCAACGGAAUACUUCUUCUCCUAGAAAAAGCAAGAUUCUUCACCAAGCGAUUGAAGCCACUCAGGCUUUUUAUGAGAAAAGAAAAGUAGGGUUUAACAACCAUAUUCCUAGUAUUAUUCACCAAAUUUGGUAUGACUCGGAAAAGCCAGUGCCUCCACAAGUUGCCAGCUCUAUCGAAAGUUUUCGACAUUGGAAUCCCUACGCAACACACUUGUUGUGGGAAAAGGAGGACUUGGAUGAAUUGAUAGAGCAGUUGUAUCCAUCGUUGAGCCAUCUCUUUUCUAGACUACCACGUGUUAUCUUAAAGGUUGACUUGUUGAGGUUUCUAUUGUUGCAACAAUUUGGUGGAGUGUAUUCGGAUAUAGAUACUUUGUGUUUGAAGCCAGCUUAUGACUGGUCCAAUGAGUAUAGAAACGUAUCUCUUAUUGUAGGUUAUGAAGCAAGCUUGAGAGAUGAUAUUGUUUGGCAAUCACAUCCAACCUUACCCAAGCCUCUAGCAAGAGACGUGCAAUUAGCCUCUUGGACAGUUGCUUCAGCACCGUUACAUCCUUUGAUUGCCAAGCUACUUCAAGGAUGUGUAGAGAAAGUGAAGAAUAUGACUGAACAUGAUUUAUUUGAAUAUGAUGUGUUGGAUUUUGCUGGACCAGGAGCAUGGACCGAUGUGAUAUUGGAGUAUAUUCGGUAUUACGGGUAUACAGAAGAUCACAUUUACCAUGCACAAAAACCACUUUGUGUAGGUGAUGUAUAUAUUCUUCCUGCUCCAGGAUUCCGUUGGGAAAAUAAUGGUGAUCCACAUUUGGCUUGUAUUCGUCAUACUUUUUUAGGGUCAUGGAAGAAGACUCUCUCUCGCCAAUCAUUCAAAUAGGAAUUUUUUAAUUACCCUUCCCCGGGUC